UCUUUAAAAAAAUAACCAAAUGGACCAAGCAGACGAACACAAAGACAAUAAACAAAUGGUAAAAAGACAGAUUCAACUCAAAAUGUUAGAAACUUGGAAAGAUCCAUCUCAUCUGCCCUCCCUCCUCCUUAUACUUGGUAUUCUCCAACUGAACUUGAAUAUAAAAGGAGGAAGAAGAAGAAGAAGAAGUGGAAAUAGAGGAAUUUUAUUUAUUUUUAAAAAAAGGUAAUUAAGUAAAUAAAAGGAGAGAUGGGAAGCAUGUGUUGCAUGUCAUCAUGCGAGAAUGGCGGCGGUUCGGAUAUCGUAGGAUGGGUGAUCAUAGUGAUCGUGGUUCUCUCUAUCAUGUCCGUUUUCUCCUCCAACGAACGCCGCGUCUCCGUCCGCGUCGUCCGCUGCCGCUGAACGCCAAACGCUGUCUCUGUCUGUAUAUGUAUGUUUAUCAUAAUCGCCCUAUGAUUCGGGUGUGAUGGAAUGUGCUUUUUUCUUCUUCUUCUUCAAUCUUUUGUGGGUCGGUUGAACAAUAAAUAUAAAGAAGAUAUAUCUCAAAUUA